CAGGAAAUAGAUCUGCAUUGUACUGAUGAAUCAGUCGUAAGAAGUCAAGUUUGGGUAUUUGAGCUAAAUUCAACGAUCCCCACUAGCAGUCCUGGUUCAAGUACACACAGAACAUUUGGGCCUAUUGCAGUAGUCCCCGCAGGCCAUUUCACACAGCGUCCCUGUCUUCGUUAUUCUCUUUAUUUCUCUUUCCCUUUACACAACUUUCCAAUCUUCUCAUUGAAAAUUUGGCCAUUCUUGUAGCCCUUUUAACUACCCAUCAAGGAAAACCCUUACUGAUCGAGUUCCAUUUGCCAAUCCAGAAACCAACCGACUCUGAUCAAGAAACAGACAUGAUUGUGUUCUUGAUUCAUGCCAUAGACGGUUUCUGACGAGUACUUUUGGUUCUCCCUUGCAAAUUCACUACCGGGACUUUAUGGGCGAUCUCCGGGAUCUGCCGCCCCCACCGCCGUCUCCGAUCCUGGGCCCAAUGUCGAUUGGGGCGGAGCGCUGGGACAGAGCAGAGGAAGCAACCCAGAAGAUUAUACGUCAGAUUCAGCCCACUGGGUUGUCUGAGGAAAGGAGGAGAGCCGUUAUAGAUUACGUUCAGAGGUUAAUUAGAGGGCGCCUUGGUUGUGAGGUCUUCCCAUUUGGGUCAGCACCAUUAAAAACAUAUCUUCCUGAUGGAGAUAUUGAUUUGACAGUCUUUGGUGGUACUAGUGUUGAAGACACAUUGGUGAAUGAUGUGGCAUCUAUACUUGAAGCGGAAGAUAAAAAUAGGGCUGCUGAGUUCAUAGUGAAGGAUGUCCACAUCAUUCAGGCUGAGGUUAAGCUUGUUAAAUGCAUUGUACAGAAUAUUGUGGUGGAUAUCUCCUUCAAUCAGUUAGGAGGGCUCUGUACACUAUGCUUCCUUGAGCAGGUUGAUCGCCUCAUAGGAAAAGACCAUCUAUUUAAACGAAGUAUCAUAUUGGUGAAGGCGUGGUGCUAUUAUGAAAGUCGUAUCCUUGGUGCCCAUCAUGGGUUAAUUUCUACAUAUGCUUUGGAGACCCUGGUUCUAUACAUCUUCCAUCUCUUCCAUUCGACACUGAAUGGUCCUUUAGCUGUACUAUAUAGAUUUUUGGACUACUUUAGCAAAUUUGAUUGGGAUAACUACUGCGUUAGUUUGACUGGUCCAGUCCAUAUAUCCUCAUUGCCAAAGAUUGUGGCUGAGAAGCCAGAAAAUGGUGGGAGUGACCUAUUACUUGGUAACGAUUUUCUGACCUAUUGUACGGGCAUGUUCUCAGUUCCUUCAAGGAGACUAGAUACAAAUUCACGAACAUUUCCCCAGAAGCACUUAAACAUAAUUGAUCCACUAAAAGAAAAUAACAACCUCGGCCGCAGUGUCAGCAAAGGAAACUUCUGUCGAAUACGGAGUGCUUUCACAUUUGGGGCCCGGAAGCUUGGGCAAAUCCUUGCACAACCCGAAGAUCACAUAGCUGGUGAACUCUGUAAAUUUUUCUCAAACACUUUGCACAGGCAUGGAAGCAGACAGAGGCCUGAUGUUCAAGAUCCAAUCCCUAAGUCUGGGGACAUUGGUUAUAUACCUGCAUUUUCUUUUUCCAAAACUCGGUCAGGGCUAGAAGGAAAGUCAAUUUCUGAUUUAAAAUCUGCUAAUUCUGUUGGCAUAAAUGAAGAAUAUAGGUUAAAUCCUGUUGGAUCAUACUACAAUGGAGGUCAUGACAUUGAGUUACUGGGGAUAGAGACGACUGUAGGUGUCGUAAUCAAUGGACAUCAAAAAAGUUCUACUAAAGUGAUUGAUCCCACUUUGCUUCCAGAAAAUGAUGGCCCUGUCAACAGGACUCCUGUCAUUGGACACUAUUUUUCUUCAAAUGCUGAAGAAUUUGCAACAUCCAGAAUCAGAGGUCUUAAAGUUUCUAAUGAUACUUCUGAUGCAGUUCAUCGAAGUGAUGAGGAAGGUUCCAGUCCUGGCCACAUGGAAAAACCAUCUGGACGUGAUCCUGAAUGUCCUGAAUAUUGGAACUUGUCAGAUCUCAGUGGGGAUUUUGACAGUCAGUUUCAGAAUUUGCAGUGCGGUUGGUGGUGGCACGAGCACUCUUCAAGUCCGCCUGCUUUUCCCUUGCCUCCUGUAUUACCCUCCCAGUUUCAGGGGUCAUGGGAUGGGAUCUGGCAAUUCUACGACCUCAAGCGGAAUGGAUUUUCUAAUGCUAAUGGCUUUAUCCUAAACCCAUCUUUUUAUCACACGAACACAUUUCUAAUACCUGGUACAAUUGGUGCGGAUCAGCCAAGACCACGAGGAACGGGAACGUACAUCCCAAAUGCGAACCGACCUCCAUACCUGAAGCCUUUUGGUGGGAGGGGAAGGAAUCAUGGGCCUGUGAGGUUCCCUCAGAACAAUGGACAUGUAGUGACACCUGUGCAGCCAAAAUUUCAGGACAGAAGCAGCCACGAACAUUCUCAAACACAGUUUUAUGAUUGUGGUCAUGGAAAUCAUGCAUCUUCAGAUUUCAACAAGUCUGGCUCCCCUGGUGGAAAGUUGCACAGCCUUGUUAAUAGUUCUGUUGAAUGUGGAUCAGUUGGGCAUGUUCCUUUUGGAAUGCCCUUGCCAGAAAGUACCAGGCAGCAGAUGAAAUCUUCCUGUUUACUCAGCAAAACUUCUAUGCAGAACCUUAAAUUGGCAUUGCUUGAAACAAAACCUGUACUUGGUACGAACCACGAUAGGGUUAUUGCAAAAUCAUACCAUCUGAAGGAUGAAGAUUUCCCACCUUUGUCUAUUUGAUUGUGGUGGGAAGGAUGCUCUGCUGUAAUUUCAUCGUCAUAGUAAGAACAGUACAGGAUAUACUACUGGACCGACCCUAGGCCGAGCUCUCUGCUGCUGUGGCUCGUAGCUUGUUCUCUGUUGCCUGGGUUUCAACGAAUGGGGAGGCCAUUUGUACAUUCUGCCAAUUGCUUUCCCAUAAAAAAUCUUCAUUUUUGCUUGGUAUAUAUAGGAUUUUGGAAAUGGUUUCUUAUAGUUUAAUUAGGUGUAGCCUCAGUGUUUGUCAUUGGGAAGGUGUAAUGCAAUUUCAACUGGCAUGUUCUUCUGUCACUUGAAGAAUGAUAGAACUUUGUGUCUGCUUUGUUGUAUUCUCAAGGCAAGGUUUUUGUGCUCUCUUGUUCUUGUAGAUUAGUGUCUUUAAUAAUGUUGUAAUACGUUUUGGCCAUCAGUUGUGUUUUACAGGUCUUGCUACUUACUUGAA